AUGCACUGCCUACUCGCCAUUCUUUUGCUAGCUGCAGAUCAAGCAAGAGAUAAUGACCGCCUGGCCGUCAUGGGUCUCGAUCGGAAUAAUGGGCAUUAUGAAAUUUACAACGCGGACGGAAGACGACAGUUCCGAGGCGUCGAAACAGGCAGCGACAUAAUGAUUGCUGCGAGGCCAACCGACGGGCCCGGCACAUACAUGGCAGUCUAUUGCUCUCCAUCCAAAAGCUUGAGAUAUUUGGGAAGAUAUAUCACGAAAGACACCAAAAAGCUGGAUGAUAUAUCUAACUAUGGCUUUCACCAGGAUAUUACGAAAGAACGGAGAUGUCUCGAUGUUAUCAAACAAAAGCUCAAACUUCCAUCGAAUCGGAGGGGGCUUCACAUUAGCGAGCUCUUUCAUUUAGACUGCAGUAAAAGUACAAUCUAUAGUUUGGCUUUUCAAAAUAAUUUCUGUAUCCAAGAUAUCAAAGGGCAAAUACUUACGCCUUGUAGGCGUAAUCAUCGAAGAAUAGGUGUCGACAAUCUAUUUCUCAUGUCCGAUGUGGUAAUGGGUCGUAGAUUCAUUUUGAAAAUAGAAGCCAAUGGUCUACACACUGCGCUAGCUUGGUAUCAAGGCUAUUUGAAUAUAUUUCAAAAAGGGAAACUUGAUACUACUUGGCAUCCAAUGAUACAAUCAGUACCGAAGAUUGAUAAUUAUUAUCGUAUCACUGAAUUCAUAGCCAAUUCUUUUGUCGAGAUCGGAUCGAUCAAGUCUGCGUUGACGCAAGAUGAAAUUACCAUUAUUUCAACAUCAACCGAUGACCAGCGUCUUAAAAGCAGUAAUUAUCCCGCAGAAGAAUCUCAUAUCAAAGAGCAACUUCAAAUUCUCAGCCAGAAAGCUUUACGAUUAAAUGAGUCACCUGCGCACGGUUUAAUUGGUCCUUUUAUUGAAUAA